AUGUCCAGUGUGGACACGACAUCUCCGAGUGGACUAAGUGAUCCUUCAGCCAUCAAGAGGACAACAACCCGAGGGCACCCACCGAGACUCCGGCGGACCUGCGCUUGCUCUUGGAAAUCAGAAGGCUGCAGCACAGCACACAGCAGACACCUGAGCAAAGGCAAUGCACGUCGUCCCUGUGGAUGGCAACCUCGCCAGCACCAUGACAUGAUGAGCCCCGAACACCCCCGGAAAGGGCAAAAGAGGAAACGCCAGGAAGAGUGCGGAACCAAUGAGCAGACUCAAGAGCCAGCUGAGCCUAGGAGGAGGGUGAAACAGGAACAGGGUGAAAUUGAGCUUGGGUGUGAAGAACCCGGCAAGGGUCAGAUACGGAAACCCCAGGAAGAGGAUCGAUCACAGCUAAAGCCCCGAGAGUGCGCCAAAGGCUCUCAGGAAGAGGCCGUGACUGAGGUGAAGUCUGUGGAUGGUGGGAAGGGUCGCAAUCGUUCCCACUGCAGCACAGAGGAAGGUGUUCAGGAACACCACAAGUACCGAAGGCUGUUGGAACACCUUCAACCCGGUGAUCAUGUGAGCUCUGACCCUCACAGUGCUCACACGAGCCCUGUGGACACAUGGAAGAUCAAAGACUGUGCAGAGGGACAGAUUCACAGAUCUGAACCAACUCACUCUGAGCCAGAGCAAUCUGCCUGUGCUCUCGCGAGAGAAGAUCAGUCACCAGUGAACAGUGAGAAGAAGUCUUCAGAGGAGAAAAUUUCUAAUACAGAGGAGAUAGUUGGAACAAACCUCAACAAUGACAUCAGGGGACACCACCCCCAGCCCAACUUUCUGGGAGGAGCCCAGGUCCAAAUCUUCAUAGACAGUGUCAGCAACGACAUUCUCACCAACAAAAUACCAAUACCUGAGGCCAAGGGAAAGGCUCUUGCAGAUCAAGAGAUGGGCAGAGGACUGGACCAUGGCCCCGAUGUCACAGCAGACAUGGAAAAGGAAAUCAGGAGUGCAUUAGGCCCAGGGCCAGAAGAUGAGGUCUUGAGUUGUGCCUUCAAACUGCGAAUUACUCGAGGAGACAUGCAGACACUAAAGGAGACCCAGUGGCUCAAUGAUGAAGUCAUCAAUUUUUACAUGAAUCUUCUCAUGGAGAGAAACCAAAAUGAAGGAUACCCAUCAGUUCACGCAUUCAAUACCUUCUUCUACACUAAAUUCAAGUGUGGGGGCUACAGGUCAGUCAAAAGAUGGACCCAGGCAGUAAACCUCUUCACAAAGGAACUUAUUCUGGUGCCGAUUCACCUGGAUGUGCACUGGAGCCUUGUGGUAGUAGACCUAAGAAAGAAGCAUAUUGUCUACCUGGAUUCGAUGGGACAGAAAAGACCAGAUGUCCUCCAGAUGAUUUUCCAGUAUCUGCAGGAUGAGAGCAAAGCCCGAAGGAAUAUUGAUCUGAACCCUUUGGAGUGGAGGCAAUACAGCAUGCCAGCAGAGCAGAUUCCUCAGCAGCGGAAUGGGAGCGAUUGUGGGAUGUUUACCUGUAAAUACGCAGAUUAUAUUUCCAGAGGCCAACCCCUCACCUUCUCUCAGCAGCACAUGCCUCUGUUCAGGAAGAAGAUGGUGUGGGAAAUCCUGCAUAAGCGCUUACUGUAGCGGCACCCCCUGGCUGCUGAGGCUGCUCUGCAGUCUCUCGGGAUCCAUGGUCUACAGAGCUACAGCCAAUGGCCUCUGCAGAAGUGCUAGAGAAAGGUGUCCUGGUCAUUCAUUUCAAGUCAUUUUCUUUUCUGGGAUUAAGGAGAUCUGCCUUCUUCAUGGAAGUUGACUGAAAUAACUAUAAUGUUGAAUGUUCAUCUUGUAUCCCAAGUCUCCUUGAAUAUAAACCUCAGCCUUGUAAGGGCUGGACUGGACUAGUUAUUUUAAAAUUCUCUUCAAUU